AUGUGUGGAAUUUUUGGUUAUUGUAACUAUUUGGUGGAGAAAACUAGAGGAGAUGUUAUAGACACUUUAGUGGAAGGUCUUCAACGAUUGGAGUACAGAGGAUAUGAUUCUACUGGUAUUGCUAUCGACGGUGAUAAUGCUGGUGAAACAUUCAUCUUUAAGCAAAUUGGGAAGGUUUCGGCAUUGCAAAAAGAAAUUGAUGUAUGUAAACCAAACAGGGAUGUUUCAUUCGUUUCUCACUGUGCUAUUGCCCAUACUAGAUGGGCUACUCACGGUCAACCAAGAAAAGUGAACUGUCAUCCUCAGCGGUCUGAUGAGAACAACGAGUUUGUUGUUGUGCAUAAUGGUAUAAUUACAAACUUUAGAGAGUUAAAGACGUUGUUGGUAAACAAGGGCUUCAAGUUUGAAUCAGAUACUGAUACUGAAUGUAUUGCUAAGUUGUUCAAGCAUUUGUAUGAUACCAAUAUGGAGAAUGGGCACGAAGUGGAUUUCCAUGAACUAUCAAAACAGGUUUUGUUAGAAUUGGAGGGUUCCUAUGGUCUUCUUUGCAGAUCUUCUCGUUACCCCAACGAAGUUAUUGCAACUAGGAAGGGCUCCCCAUUAUUGAUUGGAGUUAAAUCAGAGAGGAAGUUAAAGGUUGACUUUGUAGAUGUCGAGUUCCCUGAUAACGAAGAUAAACGUGAAGUCCCACUGGCAGCAAGAAACUCUCACCACAAGAGAAACGAGAAUUUGUUGCCUAUAACUACCACUGAGUCUCACCUAAGGCACUCACAGUCGAGGGCCUUCCUUUCUGAGGAUGGUGCACCAAACCCUGUUGAAUUCUAUUUGUCUUCGGAUGCAGCUUCUGUUAUAAAACACACUAAGAAAGUUUUAUUCUUAGAAGAUGACGAUAUUGCUCACAUAUACGAUGGUGAAUUGCAUAUUCACAGGUCCAGGAGAGAAGUUGGUGCUUCUGCCACCCGGUCUAUUCAAACAUUGGAAAUGGAGUUGGCUCAAAUUAUGAAGGGACCUUAUAAGCACUUUAUGCAAAAGGAAAUUUUUGAACAACCUGAGUCAACCCUUAAUACAAUGAGAGGUAGGAUUGACUUCGAGAAUAACACAGUUAUGCUAGGUGGUUUGAAGUCUUGGUUACCAGCUAUCAGAAAUGCCCGGCGCUUGACAAUGAUUGCAUGUGGUACCUCAUAUCACUCUUGUAUGGCAGCAAGGGCGAUUUUUGAGGAAUUGUCUGAGAUCUUAGUUAGUAUAGAGUUGGCUUCUGACUUUUUGGAUAGAAGAUGUCCUGUCUUUAGAGAUGACGUUUGCGUCUUCGUCUCCCAAUCUGGGGAGACUGCAGAUACCAUGUUAGCACUCAACUACUGUAUUGAAAGAGGUGCUUUAACUGUGGGUAUUGUUAAUAGUGUUGGUUCAUCCAUUUCUAGAGUCACCCAUUGCGGUGUCCAUAUUAAUGCUGGUCCAGAAAUUGGUGUGGCUUCAACGAAAGCUUAUACUUCACAGUAUAUUGCCUUGGUGAUGUUGGCUUUAUCACUAUCAGAUGAUAGAGUUUCCCGGAUUGAAAGAAGAAAGGAAAUUAUUCAGGGUCUAAAGAAAAUCCCAGAACAAAUCAAACAAGUGUUGCAAUUAGAAGCACCAAUCAAGAAGUUAUGUGAAACUGAAUUGGUUAACCAGAAAUCCUUGUUGCUAUUGGGUAGAGGUUACCAGUUCGCUUCUGCAUUGGAAGGCGCUUUAAAGAUUAAGGAAAUUUCGUACAUGCAUUCUGAGGGCGUCUUGGCAGGUGAAUUGAAACAUGGUGUUUUAGCAUUGGUUGAUGAGCACCUCCCAAUUAUUGCCUUUGGUACCAGGGAUUCAUUGUUCCCAAAGGUUGUUUCCUCAAUUGAACAGAUUAUUGCCAGAAAGGGACGUCCAAUCAUUAUUUGUAAUGAAAAUGAUGAAGUAUGGGAGAAGAAAGCCACAACCGCGGAAGUUAUUACUUUGGAAGUCCCACAAACAGUAGACUGUUUACAGGGAUUAUUAAACAUCAUUCCAUUACAACUAACCGCAUAUUGGUUGGCGGUGAAUAAUGGAAUUGAUGUUGAUUUCCCAAGAAAUUUGGCGAAAUCCGUGACAGUUGAAUAA